AUGUUUUCCCAAGUCUCGAUUGGGCUGACGUGCCUGCUGCCGUUCUGCGCCGUUGCGCUACCAACUGAGCAAAGGCCAUUGAUACUCAACGGCCCUAAGAACGUCCAGGCUGUUCGGACAAAACUUCAACACGCUGAGAUCAUUCCCACCGUCAUUGAUGACUUCCUGCCUAGUCUCACGGUGUCCGUUCUCUGGUCAGAUGCCAAGGCCAAACUCGGCAACACCAUCGAGCCAGACUAUCUUGGAGAACAACCCACCAUUGUUCUGCACGAUGACACAAGUCCGGACGGAAUGCACAGCACCUCUGACAUGAGCUACGUCGUCACACUCACCGACCCCGACGCGCCAUCCCGCGAUAAUCCAGCAUGGUCAGAAAUGUGUCAUUGGAUUGCGGCAAACGUCACCACAGCGCCGAACACGUUCUCGAUCCUACCCCUACCAGAGUUUGGUCUUACAGAAGAGACCGAGUCGACAGACGGCGGUCCGGAAGACGUGAUGGAGUACAAGCCUCCUGGCCCACCACCAAAGACAGGCAAGCAUCGCUAUGUGUUCCUUGUCUUUGCGCCAAAGAACGGAACAACCGAGCCGCUUCAUGUGAGUAAGCCAGAGGAUCGCCAGCAUUGGGGUACUGGAAAGGAGGGUGGUGGUGUGCGAGAGUGGGCUGAGCACAAUGGCCUCGUGCCUGUUGCUGCCAACUUCAUUUACUCGCAAAAUGAUAAGCAGUAG